AUGACGAACUCGAACGAUUUACCCGAUUACGGAUCGCUCAACUACAGAAAUGUUGAAAGAGUUACGCUGGGUAGCUUUGAAUUCAAUACAUGGUUUGGCAAUUCCGUGAUUUUCUUUCCAUCGGAGCCACAAGUUCUGGGCUAUCAAGUUCUUGAAAAGAAGACUAAGCUCACAUCUUCUAUCAAAAAGGUCAGUCAGCUCACUAAAGAGCGCAUACCUUGGAUCAAAAAGCUUUCCUUUUGCCCCUACUGCUUCAGAUAUACAACCAAUGCAGACGACUCAUUGCGCCAUUUGUCUUACUGCUCGUAUAAGAGAAACCUACCAGGUCAAGUGAUGUAUCUUGAUGACGUGUGUUCGAUAAGAAGAGUGAAUGGGAAACAGCACAAGCUUUUCUGUCAAUGCAUGUCCAUUUUGGCAAAGUUCUUUCUCGACAAUAAAUCUGUCUUUUUCAACGUGGACCUUUUUGAUUUCUUCGUGAUCUAUCAAACAUUGGAUGGGGUAUCCACUCCUAUGGGCUUUUAUUCACGCGAGCUCGUAUCCUGGGAACAGAACAACUUAUCAUGCAUUUUUGUAAUUCCCUGCUAUCAGAAGCAAAGAUUGGGCUCCAAACUGAUUGAAUUCUCAUAUUAUCUUUCGAACCAUGAGCAAAUCAUUAGCGGACCGGAAAGGCCCCUAUCACCUUUCGGAAAACUAGCAUAUCUUAGUUACUGGUGUCGAUCACUCUCAAGGGAACUGUUGUAUGGCAGAUUGUCGACUUUCGAUCAUGUGACCUUGGAAUUGAUGAGUUUUAAAACAGGCUUUAGAUCUGAAGAUAUUCUUCUCACCCUGGACUAUAUGCAAGCAUUGUACGAAACUGGUGAGAAAUUUAUUUACACAGACUACUAUAGUAACCCUUGUCGCAAAAACCAAAACUUCGUUUUUCUGGAAGACGCUGAAUUCAGAAUGUUUAUCGACAAGGCAAAAAUAAGAAACUGGGUAAUAAAUCAUAACAUUUCGGCAGAGCCAAACCUCGAUCCGCAAUACUUAUUGUUGGACUAA